AUGAAGUUCACAGCUCUCAUUGUUGCUGCCGUUAUUGCUACAAUGAGUGUCGCAGCUGCAGAGACGCCUGCCUUGCGAGCUCUUGCCGAAGAUACCGCAGCGAAUACCGGUGCCGACGAGAUGGACAUGCAGCCCGAUGCAGGGGCGAUGGACGACGAUGAUGACCAGUAG